AUGGCUUCCCCCACGAUUAUGCUGAUGGCUGUUAUGUGUAUGUGUAUGGGUAUGGCCAUGGUCAUGGUCAUGGCUAUGACUGUGACUAUGAUGUUUGUGGUUAUGGUCGUGGACGGUAUCAUCGAGCCAGAAUUUUGGCACGGUAUAUCCAACUACCCCCCGCAUGACACUAACCCCAGCAAGAGUAUCCCGAAGACUAUACUCAACGUCUGCUGGCAAUGCGAGAAGCAGGGUCUUCGAGGUGCUGAUAACAAGAGCAUGGCCAUGGCCAUGAUGCGCAUGGUCAAAUGCAAAUAUCCCAACCAUAUUAACAACCAAGCCAAGCGAGCUUACAACAAAGAGGUCGCCAAUCCUAUGCACUUCGCUGCCUGA